GAGAGAGAGAGGGAGAGAGAGAGAGAGAGAAAGAGAGAGAGAGAGUGAGCCCGAAGGUUCGAACUUUGUUCGUUGCGGUGAUUUAUGAUUUGAUAUCUUUCUGUGAAUUUCACGGAAGUUGGAGGUCCCGAUCUGAGUUUGGAGGGGUGCGAUUGGAGUUUUCGGGUCGGGUCGGGUCGGGUGGAGAUAGAGAGAGAGAGAGAGAGAGAGAGAGGGAGAGGGAGAAAUGAACGGGGUAGGGAGGCAGGGGCAGAGAUCUGGUGCGCCGCACCACCAGCGGCAAUACUCGGAUAACUUCUUGGAGACUUCGUCCAAUGGGAGAUGGCUUCAGUCUGCUGGUCUUCAACAUCUUCACUCCAACUCAUCUAUCCCUCCUCCUUCUCAGGACUAUGGUUACUAUGGUGGAGGUGGCGGAGGAGGAGGAGGACAGGGUUCUAGAAUGUAUCGGAAUGGGCAGAGAGGGUACAAUGAGUACUACAUGGAGCCAUCGACACCUCCCUAUGAUUCGCGGAGGAAGGACCGCGAGGACUCCCCCAAUGAGUUUAGUCCUGGACUCCUGGAUCUGCAUUCCUUUGAUACCGAGCUCAUUCCUGACAUGCCAGUCUCUGGAAUGCAUGAUGUUGCUUCUCAAUAUUAUCCUUCUCGGGGCAGAAGCUUUGAUGAUUCUGAACCUUAUAUUAACAACAAGCAAGCAGAAAGGGCUCGGUUACCAGAAAACAACCUCCUGAAAAGUUUUGCAGCAGACAAAGAGAAAGCAAGUUCUGUAGCAAAGAUUAAAGUUGUGGUGCGCAAGAGACCACUUAACAAAAAGGAAUUGGCAAAGAAUGAGGAAGACAUAAUAGACACACUUUCCAACUCUGUAACAGUUCAUGAGACUAAGCUCAAGGUUGACCUAACAGCAUAUGUGGAAAAACAUGAGUUUGUUUUUGAUGCAGUGCUGAAUGAGGAAGUGUCUAAUGAUGAGGUAUAUCAUGAGACUGUGGAGCCCAUAGUUCCAAUUAUUUUUCAACGCACAAAGGCAACUUGUUUCGCAUAUGGACAAACAGGGAGUGGAAAAACUUAUACCAUGAAACCAUUGCCUUUAAAAGCAUCACGGGACAUCUUGAGGUUGAUGCACCAUACUUACCGCAGUCAGGGAUUUCAGUUGUUUGUAAGCUUCUUUGAAAUAUAUGGAGGAAAACUUUUUGAUCUCCUCAAUGAGCGCAAAAAGCUUUGCAUGAGAGAAGAUGGUAAGCAACAAGUUUGUAUUGUGGGUUUGCAAGAAUACAGAGUGUCUGAUGUAGAGACAAUCAAAGAGCUCAUUGAGAAAGGAAGUGCCACAAGAAGUACUGGUACCACUGGUGCAAAUGAAGAAUCCUCUCGUUCACAUGCCAUACUUCAGCUCGCUAUCAAAAGGGCAGUUGAUGGCAAUGUAUCAAAGCCUCCCCGUCUUGUUGGUAAACUCUCCUUUAUAGAUCUUGCUGGAAGUGAACGUGGUGCAGAUACUACAGAUAAUGACAAACAGACAAGAAUGGAAGGUGCUGAAAUCAAUAAGAGCUUACUUGCACUAAAGGAAUGUAUUAGAGCUCUUGAUAAUGACCAGGGUCAUAUUCCUUUCCGAGGAAGUAAAUUGACUGAAGUUCUAAGGGAUUCAUUUGUUGGUGACUCACGAACUGUGAUGAUAUCAUGCAUAUCACCAAGCUCAGGAUCCUGUGAACAUACUCUUAACACUUUAAGAUAUGCAGACAGGGUGAAGAGCCUUUCAAAAGGGAACAAUUCAAAGAAGGAUAUACUAGCUUCGACCUUAAACCUCAAGGAAUCAACAAAUGUGCCCUUAUCAUCAUUUUUGCCAACUGCCUCUGCCUUUGAGGAUGACAUGAAUGAUACAUGGCCUGUACAAGUUGAAAAAGAGGAAUAUGAUCAAUCAGAAGAGGUCUAUGAUGAUCCUAAAACAUCAUGGAAGAGAACUGGGAAGCUACAGCAGUACAAUGUUUCGACUUCAGAGGACAACGUUCGUAAACCCAAUGGGCAGUCAAAAUGGAUGGGCAUGCCAAAAUCUCAUUCAAGGAAUUCAAAUUCAGACGAUGAUUUAAAUGCCCUGUUACAGGAGGAGGAGGAUCUUGUAAAUGCUCACCGGAAACAAGUGGAGGAUACAAUGAAUAUUGUUAAAGAGGAGAUGAAUUUGCUGGUUGAAGCAGACCAACCAGGAAAUCAGCUGGAUGAUUAUGUUACAAGAUUGAAUGCCAUUCUAUCUCAGAAGGCUGCUGGCAUCCUGCAAUUACAAAAUCGUUUAGCUAAUUUCCAGAAGCGUUUAAAAGAACAUAAUGUUCUAGUAUCCUCUUCUGGUUACUAAUUUCUUGUUGAAGCAUUAUUUGGAAUUCUUCUUCUUAUGUGGUGAUUGGUUGGGCUAUUUUCAUGCAUCUUACUUGGAAUCCUUGAAUUUAAGAUCGAGUUUUUCUUUUACACUAUAGAUGUGUUUACAAUCAUUGGAUUAAAUUUUUUUAACUAGCCAGUGUAUCAGUAAAAUUUCUCAUGCCACAUCGCAUGCUUUGUAAAGUUCUGGAUUGUUGUAAUUUGAUAAUCAAUUAGCUGCCGGGCUGUGUAGUGCUUGUAUCAAAGCGAACUAGAGUUCCAAGCCGCAUGUACGUUUUAUUCAGCAUUCAUAAAUACAAGAUUGUCAUGUUAUUCA